UUAAGCUGAUAUGCGCAUGCGUAUUAAUGUGGCGUACGACAACAUCCCUGCGGCUGCGAGUUGAAGUCUUUGGUCAAUUAGCUUGUCACGAUGUGGCUUUUGUUGUUUGUGAAUAUUUAGCCCAUUGAAAAUAUUAUUAAUUUAAAAGGAAGUUAAAUGUUUUGCUAUGAAGCUAACACGGAAACUGGUUCUUGCUAAGGCGAAGGCCUCCGACUUGGAGAGCGUGAAAAAACUGAACUGCUGGGGAUGCAACUUGACUGAUAUUUCUAUCUUCGCUCAGAUGCCAAACAUUGAAGUGCUGACACUGAGUGUCAACAGCAUCUUGUCUCUCUCUCCUCUGGCUGGCUGUCUGUCUCUGAGUGAACUCUACCUGAGAAGGAACAUGAUCCCCUCGCUCUCUGAGCUCUCUCACCUGAGACCGUUAACUCGUCUCAGAGUGCUCUGGCUAGCUGAGAACCCCUGCUGUGGAACCGAUGCCACCCAGUAUCGCCUCACAGUGCUUCGCUGCCUCCCUCGUCUCCAGAAACUCGAUAACCAAGUAGUGACAGAUGAUGAAAUUUCACUGGCUCUCAUGGAAGGUGAAGAGGUCACAACUCCCCCAGGUAGUAUCCAGAACCAGCAUACAACCAACGGACUUCAGGAUGCAGAGACAGAGAACGACCCUCUAAACUACAACAUGGAGGAGACAAACAAAAUCAGAGAAGAGCUGGGAAUGAAGCCACUUUCCAGAGACAAGUUCUCUUCCCUGUCCUCUCCAUCAACCAGAGAAAGCAAACCAAUCAAAAAGUCGCACGCUCUUGAUGCCGUUUUGCUGCUGCUGAAAGAUUUGGAUGAAGAGGAGCUUCAUGUUGUACACACCGCCACACAGAACAGACUUCAGAUCUACACACUGGACUCAGAAAGGCUUACAAAGACACAGCAAACACAGAAAACAGCUGAAAUCCAACAUUGAUACGUUUCACAGCAUGCGCUCAGGGCUAACCCCAUCCUUCCACAUUUAACACUAAGCUCAGGUUCAUAAAAGGUGCCCACUUUGUCCCAUUAACAUCUGCCUGCAAUAUGCAUGGCAUGACACUACUUCAGUUCCAGCUUUCACGUGUGGACUCAUCAGUUCCCCUGCUGUCUUUUUAUAGCUGCAUGCCUUAUUGCUUUGUAAGAACAAAAGAUUGUAUGUUUUGCUAAAUGUAAAUCUAUUUCUGUAAAGAAAAUAAACAGCAAUGCAUUAA